AUGCCCAGCAAAACACCGAACCGCAACGGCAAGCCCGUUGAGAACGGCGUCAAUAGGAACAAGGAUGUUGAAAUGACAGAUGAGAAGUCGGCCACCAAGGGCGGUAAGGCUAAGAAGGGCGCCAAGGAGGGUGAGGACAUGACAGUCGUUGUGCCUCCAUCGAAAAACAACAAGCAGUCAAACACAACACCUGCCGCUGACGCCGAUGGGGACGUUGCCAUGGAUGAGGAGGACAAGUCUGAGGAGCUCGAGGUCAAGGUAGACCCCGUCACCCAAGCCAUCAUAGAUAUCAAGAGCAACUUCGCCCUGCUUGACCGGGCCGUGACCUUGUUUGAUGCUAGAUUUACACUGCGAGCGCUGCGAUCCAUCUCAUCCUUGCGUAAACGCCUCACUCCCGAUAUCAUUGCACAAGCCAUUGCCGAAUCCUUCCCCGCUGCUUCACCGUCGGCGAGCGUUGCAAAACAGUUGUUGGCUGCUGUCGGCAAGCAGGAUGUUGCCCUCGGCCGCCAGUCCGGUCCGGAGAUGGAGAUUGACAGCGAAUCCAAGGCAUCCACCAAGAACGGCAGCAAGAAGGACAAGGAGAGCAAAGAUUUGAUUCCUGAAGUCGACAUCUUCCUGGGUAUUCUUAUCCAGGUCCAUCUGUUCGACACCAAGCAGUACCAACAGGGUGCCAAUUUCUCCAACUACCUCUCAGAGCGCAUCCACUCCCUCAACCGACGGACUCUCGAUUCACUGUCUGCCAAGGUGUACUUUUACUACUCCCUGUUCUGUGAACAGCUAGCUCCGCUGCCGCCGUCUCCUCAGUCUCCCAUUGUCUCGAUCCGGCCCAUUCUGCUGGCGGCACUCCGGACUGCCGUCCUGCGCAAGGAUGUUGACACACAGGCCUCGGUCAUCGUCCUCCUCCUCCGCAGCUACCUUCUGACCUCGCACAUUUCUCAGGCCGACCUCCUUGUCUCUCACGCGCAGUUCCCCGAGAACGCUGCCAACAAUCAGGUCGCACGAUACCUUUACUACCUGGGCCGAAUUCGCGCCAUCCAACUGCGAUACACCGAAGCGCAUGAGCAUCUAACGGCUGCCACUCGCAAGGCCCCCGCUAGCUCUUGCGCCCUUGGUUUCUCCCAAACUGCCACGAAGCUCUUGCUGGUAGUAGAGCUGCUGAUGGGUGAUAUUCCGGAAAGAGCCACAUUCCGUGCCGCCAAUAUGGAGCAAGCCCUGCACCCCUACUUCCUGCUCGUUCAGGCCGUUCGCGUUGGAAAUCUUGAGGAUUUUGAGACCACCAUUGCCGACCAUGCCGAGGCAUUCCGCCGAGACGGCACAUACACCCUGAUCUUGCGUCUCCGCCAGAACGUGAUCAAGACUGGUAUCCGAAUGAUGAGUCUGAGCUAUAGCCGAAUUUCCCUUCGCGAUAUUUGCAUUCGACUACACCUCGGUAGUGAGGAGAGCGCCGAAUAUAUCGUGGCAAAGGCAAUCAGGGAUGGUGUUAUUGAGGCUACGCUGGAUCGGGAGCGAGGUUUCAUGAAGAGCAAGGAAGUCGGCGAUGUAUAUGCCACACGGGAGCCGGGCGAGGCUUUCCACGACCGUAUUCGUGCUUGUCUCACCCUACAUGACGAGAGCGUCAAGGCUAUGCGAUUCCCCAUGAACCAGCACCGCCUUGAGCUUAAAAAUGCACAGGAAGCACGAGAACGCGAGCGUGAAAUGGCCAAGGAGAUCCAAGAGGGCGACCUGGAUGAAGAUGACCUCGGUGGUGAUUUUGAAGGCAUGUAA